AUAGAAUGCUCUUGAGAGCCAUACUUGGUUUUUUGGCAGCAUAUCUAGUAAUGACCCCAAGUAAAAUACAUGAACCAAAUUUUCAAUCUGAUCUUCCAUUCAAAUGGCUCGAAGCAUCUAAUG